AUGCCGCGCGCGGGUGACUCCCACAAUGCGCCUGGGCUCGCACACAAUGCUGCAGCUGGCGGACCUCCCGCCGCCCCUCCCUUCCCCCCCCCUUUCCCCCUCCCUUCCCCAUGCACAUUGAAAUCAACCAACCAAUCAUGCGAGCAGGUGACCCCCAUUAUGCGCCUGGGCGCGCACACAACGCUGCAGCUGGCGGACCUCCCCCCACCCCCGCGCACCUGGCGCGCGGAUUGGCUGGACGCGCAAACGGCAUGCAUCAUGGACGGGGAGCAGGGGGGAAGGGGGCGGAAGGAGGAGGAGUAUUUUGAAGGGGAGGGGGAGGAGAGGGGGCGGAAGGAGGAGUAUAUUGAAGGGGAGGGGGAGGAGAGGGGGCGGAAGGAGGAGGAGUAUAUUGAAGGGGAGGGGGAGGAGAGGGGGCGGAAGGAGGACGAGCAGUGUGAAGGGGAGCAGGGGGAAAGGCGGGCGGGGAGGGGAAGCGGUCAGUUGGUGGUGUCGGGCGGAUGGAAGGCAGGGGGCAGGGGCAGAGGGAAGUGGCCGUUUUGGGCUGUUCUGUAUUGGCCGCACCGGUGGGCGCUGUUGCUGCUCGCAGUGAUGUUUCUCGGGGAGUCGAUGCUGCAUGUCGUCAAGGCCGUGCUUCUGUAUCGCAUAGUCACCUACCUGGAAGGGUGUGACAGCAGCGGCGGCAGUGACAGCAGCAGCAGCAGCAGCGGGGAAGGGCAGUGCGGCCCCACCGAGGGUUAUCUCACAGCAGCAGGGCUGGGCGCACUAGCGGUGGCGCUGGCAGUGGUGACCCAGCAGCUGUGCUACCGCGCAUAUGUUGUGUCCACCAAUACACGCACGGCCGCCAUCAGCGCAGUGCACCGCCACCUCCUCACACUCACCGCCAGCGCGCUGAGCCACGUCAGCAGUGGGCACUGUAUCAACCUGCUGUCCAAUGACGUGCGCCGAUUGGACGACCUGGUGUUCUGCAGCCAGGCGCUCUGGGUGGCUCCAAUUGAGCUUGUGUUGGUCACGUGGCUGGUAGCGAGGGAGAUUGGAUGGGUGCCCACCAUCGCUGGCAUUGCCACUCAACUGCUGCUUCUUCCGCUACAGCUGGCAUGUGGGAAGUGGAGGGUGUGGCUGCGGGCAAAAACUGCGGAGGCCACUGAUGCACGCGUCAAGCACACAGAAGAGGCUCUGGGCGGCAUCCUGACUGUGAAGACACUGGCUCUGGAGGAGCCGCUCACAUCAAUCAUCCAACGAAUCAGACGCACAGAAGUGUCCUUCCUGCAGUGGACAGCCGCCCUCAACGCCGUGACGGCUGCGCUCUACUUCUCAUUCACCUCCGUGGUCGCCCUCGUCACCUUCGCCACCUUCACGUGCCUCGGAGGUCAACUCACCGCAGCCUCUGUGUUCUACGUGCUUACUCUCCUCGAGAUCCCGCACUACACCAUGGGGUGGAAGGUGGCCUACGGCAUACAGCAAAUAGCAGAGGCGUUUGUCAGCUUCAAGCGACUCUCACACUUCCUGCAGACCACUCCCCACGGAGCCAGGCCGCAAGAAGCGCCAUCUCAGAAUGGCUCUGCUAUGCUCCCAAAAGCGCGCCGCUAUGCCAUUGACACCCCAACCACCACCAAGCCACCUGAAUCAACAACUGCUGCUCUCACAGCACCGAAGCUCGCCUCACUGCCCAGCCACAGCCUCUCCUCCUCUUCUCCCACACGCCUUCCCUGUCCCCGCCGUGCUGCCUUGGUGCUUGAAGGGGCCUCUUUCGCUUGGGGAGAAGCAGCUGGGGAGGUUAAGCGCGAGGGGAAGAGGGAGAGCGAAAAAAAAGGAGGAAAGAGAUUCAGAGGAAGGAGGAAAAAGCCACCGCUUGAGGCGAUUGCUGAGUCGACUCAAGCAUCGGCCGGGCAUGUUCUGGAUGUCACUGAGCCUAGCACGGUAGAUGGCACGCCUUAUGGCAAGGGCUACAUGAGCAGUGUCAGGAGUUUCCGACGCGUCCCCAAAGCUUUCCGCGUGCGUUCCCUGCAGCGUUUAAUGAGCUUUCAUGCUCCUGGCCCUUCCCCCGCUGUUGGCCCUUCUGCUGCGGAUGCUUCUGCUGAUGCUGCUGGUGCUGCUGCCUUGGAGGGCACGUGUGUGACUGCACGGGAGGAGCAAGAGGGACAUGUUGAGAUAGACGGUGCAUGCGCACCGAGCGGGCGGGUGGAGGGAGUGAGCGUAAGGCUGGGAGAGGCAGAGCUGCUGGGCGUCACUGGCAAGGCUGCUGUGCUGCCUGCUGUGCUGCCUGCUGUGCUGCGUGUUGUGCUGCCUGCUGUGCUGCCUGCUGUGCUGCCUGCUGUGCUGCCUGCUGUGCUGCCUGCUGUGCUGCCUGCUGAUGGCAAGUCGUUGCUGCUGCUGGGUAUUCUGGGGGAAGUGCCUCACUCAUCGGGCGCCAUGCACCGCUCCGUGCCUUCCCUCGCCUACGCAUCGCAGCAGGUCUGCCUCCCAUUUGCCGCUCAACCUUUGCUUCUCGUCUCUCUCUCACCCCUUCCCCACCCACUCGUCUCUCAUCCUUUGCCACCCUUUGCCAGCUCCCCUCUGCCGUCCCAUUUCCCCGUCGCCCACUCCUCCCCUUUGCCCUCUCCUCCCCUUUGCCCUCUCCCCCCCCCUUUGCCCUCUCCUCCCCUUUGCCUUCUCCUCCCCUUUGCCCUCUCCUCCCCUUUGCCCUCUCCUCCCCCUUGCCCUCUCCUCCCCUUUGCCCUCUCCCCCCCCCUUUGCCCUCUCCUCCCCUUUGCCCUCUCCCCCCCUUUGCCCUCUCCUCCCCUUUGCCCUCUCCUCCCCGCCUCCAUCUCCUCGCCACUCUCUCUCAUUCUGCUAGUUAUCGUCUCUGAACGUCUACCAAUGCCCUCUUCCCCCUCGCUCACUCUGCUGCCCUCCCCCACUCAAGGUGGUGGAUGCGUGUGUCCUGUCCUGUGCUCAAACGUGUUGGACGCCUGUGCCCUCCGCACGGACUUGGCCCUAAUGCCACGUGGCGAUGAAUCAUUGGUGGAGGAGGGCGGCGGCAACCUCAGUGGCGGGCAAAGGGCGCGCAUGUCGCUCGCCCGGGCGGCGUAUGUUGCACUGCACUGCAAGAUGACCUUUGAGUCGACUCUAAACUGCCACAGAGUGUUGGUGCUGAACAGCGGCAGAGCAGCGGCGUGUGGCGCAUGGAGUGACCUCUGCGCCCUGCCCUCUGCUCAACAAAACUGCGACAACCCCCCUCUGCCCUUUGCACAACUUCUGAAGCCCCUCAAAGCUUUUGAGGCACCUCAAAGCACAUGGAGUGACAUAUGCACCCUGCCCUCUGCGCAACAACACUGUGACCAUCCCCCUCCGGCACUGGGGCAACCUCUCUCUGGUGGGAGGGGUGUUUCAGACACUGGCUCUGACAGUGCCAUGUGUGCCACUGUCACUGUUUCUGGUACGGUCGUCUGUGCCCCUGUCACCACUGACACGGGUGUGGACGGCACGUUUGCUGAUUCACGGAGCUGCAAAAGCGGCACCACGGUGGUCUGCAGCAGCAAACGUGACACUGGCUCUGACAGUGCCAUGUGUGCCACUGUCACUGGCGGUGACUGUGCUGCUGCUGGCAAUGCAACUGUCACCACUAACACGGGUGUGGACGGCACCGUUGUUCAUUCACAGAGGUGCAAAACUGGCGACACAGCGGGCAGCAGCAGUGGCAGCUGUGUAGAUCGUGGCACAGGCAGCGAGAGAGACACAGAUGCGCCAACAGUCGGCACGAGGGGCUGCAGGGUGGGCAUUCAUGGGGACUCGUCGGUGAGAGGAAGCGAGGAAAGGGCAGAGGUGGAGCAGGCAGAGGCUGCGGCCCUCAUUGGGACAGGGGAUGAGGUGGAGAAGAUUCAGUUGACUAAGGACGGCAUUCAUAGAAACACGUCAUUGAGAGGAAGUGAGAAAGAGGUGCUCUUAGGGACAGAGGCUGAGGUGGAGACAGCGGAGGUGGGGAAGGGAGUGGUAGACGCAUGCAGGGAGGGGGAGCGUGUCUCACUUGAGGACCAGGCUGCUGAGGGCUCGUUGUGCAAGUCAAGAGAAGGACCAUUAGCAGCAAAGAGUUACUCCCUCUUUCGGAGGGGGGAGGGAGAGCAGGAGGAGAGUGGGUCCACAGAAGGUGAUGAGCAAGGCCUGCUGGACGUGGAAGGGUGGCAGCGCGGUGCCAUCCCCCUGUCGGUGUUUUGGGGCUACGCCAGAAAGAUCCGCGUGCUGCCUCUGCUGCUCUUUGCCGCCCUCUUCCUCGCCGCACACGUCUCCAACGCCCUCGUCAGCUGGUGA